UUUUGGUGUCGCGAGACCGGGGACUACGUGGCUUUGGACUUUGUUUGCGGGUGCUGCAUGUUUGGAAGGAGUGUGCUGCAGAAGAGCUUGGGGGGUGCAAUGGACAAUCUAACCAAAACCGAUGAAAAGAAGGCACUUUCCACAAUCCGUUUAUAUUCCUGGAAGCCUGCCGAUUCUGCAACGCAAUGUGCUGGCCCAGAGCCAACGUUCAGCAUCCAAGACCCUCACAGCAAAAAGCCCGCCAUGCGCCGCGGCUUGUUGCCGGCGCUGCUGUUGGCUGUGUGCCUGUGCCUCGCAGGCCUUUGCUUGCGUCGUGCGGCAGCUCCCUGUGAGGCCUUCACCGGCGCCGCGCGCGCCGCACGUCCGUUGCCGGCCCCCAUGGAGCAUUCGAGCGAAUACGAUCCAAGUCUGGACGACUUGAGCGUGGAAUGGAUGGGUCAGGGGUCUUUGAGUGCCAGGGGCUGUGGCUUCUGCAUUGGCUGAGCCGGAGGGACCAAGUGCCCCGUGAAGGUGAAGUUGGCCUAAGCUGAGCUGAGAGCGGACUCGGCGUCGGCAGGGAGGCAGGACUCGGCGCUCCGCCCAGUAACCCCACCUGCCAGGUUUUGGUCGAAGGAACGUCCCAAAAAAAGAAAUCACCUGGCUGUGCCCUGCUGCGCCGCGCCCUGCGCCGGAGACGUUUUUUGCUCCGGCGCAAUCGCCAUGGAUGGCGCCCGAAGACGAUCAGCUCGGACCGUGUCGAGUCAGACGUGAAUCCAACUGGGUGAGACGGUGAGACCGGGG